UUUGGAUGCGAAAAUAAAAAAAGUUAUAAAGCAAAUUGAAACAUUUUUAUAUUUCUAUGUAUCAAACAUUCAGAACAUGCCGAUCACAAACAAAGAGAAGCUUGGCCUUAUGGAUCUCCUAGAGCCACCAAUUCUAAUACAGGUAGCGAGAAGUGUCACAAAAAAUGUUGUAGACAUAUCUACGCCUGAAGAAGCCCUGGAGUAUAUACUCACGCACUCGUCAGACUGUCUGACGUUGCUAAAUAAAAAGGCCAUAACAAAAGAGAUUUUAUUUAGAUAUCUACAUCGAAAAAAGAUAUCCAUAAGCAGUGAUAUCACCAAAGCCAUAUUGGUGAACAAGGUCAUAGAGUAUUGGAAUGAUACAACAAACUUAAUGCCUGAAAUAGAAGCUAAAACAGAGGAUAGUACUGAAUAUCCUGCCUUAGCUGAAUCAGCUAUUGGUGAUUCAAAUGUGCUGAGCAAUAAGCAUAUACCAACCAUUACGUCAAUUGCCUCGGAUCAGUCAGAAUUCCCAAUAAAUUUGUUGGCUCGCAAAUUUUCCGAAUGGUUUUUCAACAACUACAACCAGCACACAUUAAAGCAUGAAGAUUUCUGGCAGGAUGCUAGACUCUUAUUACAAAUAACAGCCAGUGAUGGCAGUGACCUUCAAGACUGUGAUAGCUCAUGCUCAACAUUAGAAACGCUCUAUGAAACUCAACAACGUUUUGGUUUCUUCUUCAAUCCCAAUUUAUCACAUUCUGGUGUGCAGGGACGUAUGGAUGUGCAUGGAUUGGUGUUGGUUUUGGCAUGUGGUACCUUGCACACCCAUGUGGACUGUGUUGGUAUAUUUGAAUGUAUCUUUGGCUUAUUACGUGAUCCAUUCUCCGAGAACAAUUGGAAAACAAAAACUAUAAAAUUAAUGUUAAGAAGCAAGGGAGCGCCGAGUAUACCAUCUUUACAAGAAAGUGACACAUUGAGGGAGGCUUUAACUUUACCCGUACCUGAAGGAGAUUUGACUUAAACUAAAUAAAUCUAUGUAAAUAUAUUAUUGUUUUGUAUAUA